AUCAUUCUCUGCAAGUUCAACGAGUUCAACGGAAAAAAGAGAUAUUGAACAACAUGUUAUUUAUAAAGCUCCAUUUGCGAUAGCCUGUAGACGAUUAAAAAAAUUUUCGAUCGCGUCUCUGAUAACUACCGUGUCAUUUACGCCGUUGAUUUUCAUCCUGGAUAAUUCCUUGAACUUGAAAGCUCAGACCUUGAUGGCUUUAUUUGUGAUCUCGACGAGUGCUGCAUCGACGAUGUUGAUUCAUCGAUGCAUUUCACCAUAUGUAGCCAAGAUUACUUAUAAUCCACCAGAAGCUUUUAACAGUUCCACAAAGGAAAACUCUAAAGAUUCUGAUGAUUUAAAGCAGAAGAUUUCGGAAAACAAAACCAGUUCAAAAAUUACGCCUGAAACUUUUCUUACUUUCGAGACAUUAACGUUAUUAGGCACCUCGAAUUUUACUACCCUUCAAGUUAAAUCCCUCGAACCGUCAUCAAGGUUUUUUACCACGUGGAAGGUUAAGGAUGAUCAUAAGGGAAAUGUAAGUGCUGUCACGAGUUCGGGCAAGAAAGCGGUGGCUAAGAAUUGGUUCUAUGUUCAAACCGAAUUGUUUGACAAUCCAGAGAUGCAAGACGUUUCGCGGAUUGUAAUGUAG